AUGUUGCAAAACAUCAAACGGAAUCUAUUUGGAGGAGAUUCCUCAGACGCACUCUCAGAGGCGGUGAAGGAGCAAAGGCGCCACAUCGCAAGGUCAAUCAGAGCUCUAGACAGGCAGCAUCAAAAAGCAGAAGUGGAGGAGAGAAGGGUUUUCAACGAACUCAAGACCCAGGCCAUGUCUGGGGUCCAGCAGCAACAAGCGACUCAAGAACUCCACAGGCAUUUCACCGGCUGCGCCAAGUUACUUUCACUGGCCAACAAAGCCGCAGAUCUUCAAACAAUGCAAUUGGCUGUUAAAGGCUUCACGCGGGAGUCCCAGAAACUUGGCUUACUGGAUGAAAUGUUGAACGAAGUCCUCGAAGAUGGAACCGCUCAGCUUUUUAGAGCGAACAGCGCCCUUUUUUGUUGUCAGGAAGACGAGGAGGAAACAGAAGAAGAAAUAAUUCAGGAAGUCAUCGAAUGUGCAACUGCAGAACUCGACAGACAGGUGAAAUCUGAAUCUGACCCGGUAAUCUUAAGAGAAGUAUCUCUGCAGCGCCACGAGAAUCAAGUGGAUCACCACCAACAGCAACCAGUGCGGCACCAAAAGCAACAACCGCUAUGCAAUAGUCAGAAACAAGUACUACUACAGAAGCUCUCGGGCAGCGCACGAGCCACAAGAACACCAUGGCUAACAAAGGACGAAGCAGCAAUUGCCGAGAGGCUGGACCAGCGUCUAGGAUCUCUCCUUCGCUAA